AUGGGUGGGCCUGAACUGAACGGCAGACUGAUCCUGUCCCAUAAAGCCAAGAGCUUUGGAGAAUCUUACAAAAGCGUGGACCUGGAGAAGCCGGGGCCCACGGCCGUGUGCGCGGUUACAGGCGUGGUGGUGUCUGCCCUGGGCACGCUGGACUUCAGCCUGCUUUAUGACCAGGAGAACAACGCCCUGCACUGCACCAUCAGCAAGGCCAAGGGCCUGAAGCCAAUGGACCACAACGGGCUGGCAGACCCCUACGUCAAGCUGCAUCUGCUGCCAGGAGCCAGUAAGGCAAAUAAGCUCCGAACGAAAACGCUCCGAAACACUCUGAACCCCACGUGGAACGAGACCCUCACUUACUACGGGAUCACAGACGAGGACAUGAUCCGGAAGACCCUGCGGGUCUCCGUGUGUGACGAGGACAAGUUCCGCCACAACGAGUUCAUCGGGGAGACGCGCGUGCCCCUGAAGAAGCUGAAACCCAGUCGCACCAAGACGUUCAGCAUCUGCCUGGAGAAGCAGCUGCCGGUGGACAAGACGGAAGACAAGUCCCUGGAGGAACGGGGCCGGAUCCUGAUCUCCCUCAAGUACAGCUCGCAGAAGCAGGGUCUGCUGGUCGGCAUCGUGCGCUGUGCACACCUGGCUGCCAUGGACGCCAACGGCUACUCGGACCCCUAUGUGAAGACAUACCUGAAGCCAGAUGUGGACAAGAAAUCCAAACACAAGACUGCAGUAAAGAAGAAGACCCUGAACCCCGAAUUCAAUGAAGAAUUCUGGUACGAGAUUAAGCAUGGGGACCUGGCCAAGAAGACCCUGGAAGUCACUGUUUGGGAUUAUGACAUUGGAAAAUCCAAUGAUUUCAUUGGAGGUGUGGUUCUGGGCAUCAAUGCUAAGGGCGAGCGCCUGAAGCACUGGUUUGACUGCCUGAAGAACAAGGACAAGCGGAUUGAGCGCUGGCACACGCUCACCAGUGAGCUCCCAGGGGCUGUGCUCAGCGACUGACCAGCCCCCACCUGCUGCCGCACCCGCCCCUGCCUGUCACCUGGCCCAGCACUCAGCUGCCACCAAGGGCCUUGGCCCUCAUCGUGGGGGGGUUCCAAGCUGCCUGCUCAGACACAGAGCCACUGCAGCCCCCGCUUGGAGGCUGUGGAGGGCCUAGCCACUCCGAGGGACAGCAAAGCCAGAGAGCCGGGCCUGCUUUCAGCCCCUGGGGCCCAAGAGGGCAGGAGGGUGGGAGAGGACGUUGGCCUCAGCACCCACCCCAGGGAAGGGAAGGAGGCCGUCCAGGGGGUGAGGACUACUUGAGGUCAGCAGUAAGUCAGGAGUCCCCAGGCUGAGAGAACAGGAGUGCAGGGGUACCUUUGCCUUGAUGGGGCCAGCAAGAACUGCUGAGGGGGACAUUAGGGAAAGGAGAUUUGGAGAAGUUCAUUACCAAGAGGGGGUUCUUAACUACAUCUGUUCAUCUCUGGCAGAUGGAGAAAAGUUGACCUGAGAGCAAGAAUGGUCAAGUUCCUCCAAGCUCUCACUGAACACAGGCAAUUGGCAAGCACUUCAUUCAAUGAUUCCACGAGCCCCUGGAGAAGGACGAGAACCAGGGCCUGCCCUCUUGAGAGUUCCUUGUCUAACCAGGGAGCUAGAAACAAACCAUUACUACAGGGAGUGGGGAAUGCCAAGGCCAGGCUGACAUAACCUGUGAGUGCCAUGGAUUCUGACUCUGCUCAGAGGUAGGGAGGGCUUCCUGGAGGAGGCGAUGCUUCAGCAAGACCUUGAUGGGGAAGUGGGGUUUCUAGGCAGAAAAAGAGGAAGAGCAGUGUGUGCAGUAGAAAUGAUCUACAAAGGCCUGGAGAGGAGUGUACGGUGAUUGGUCACUGCAAGAUGUGGGGUCUCUGGAGACGGUGUUAGUAGGACAGGAGUGAAGCCUAGGGCCACUGUCACCCAGCCCUACUCACCCCACCCCUGCCAGCCAGCCCCAGCUCAUAGUUACGGGGUAAGUGAUGGAAGCACUGUGGUCAAAUGAUCUUGGGUCAGGGUUGAGUUCAGUCCUCAGACCCAGUUCCCCUCCCCAAGAACCUGGAGGAUGGAUCUAGCCUCUCAUUACCACCAGCUUAAGAAUGAGGCCAGGUCUACUUAAGAGUCUCCUCCCUGCCCCUGUGUUUUUUUUUUUUUUUUUUUUAUGAAGCAAAAAGUCCCUAUCCUCCCCACCUUCUUCCCUUCACCCACCCCCACCCUCCCACCUCUGAGUUCAGGACUAGGGAGUGAGAGGCCCAGAUGACUACCCUACAUCAUGACCCUACUGUGGCCACUGAUGUCCCCUUCAGAGUGGGGGGUGGCAGCCCAAGGCCUCAUUUCUGGGAAGGCCUGUGAGGCUGGCUCCUUCCUACCUCCAAAGCUGAGACCCCCUCCUUGGUGGGCCUGGCAUGCUGAGUCAGGUUGAGGGCACUGGCAUCUUGGGGCCCAGGUGUGAAGUCCCAAACUUUUCCUGCUUUCAAGGCUGCUGUAUGAACAAAUGAAAAACCAGGGAAUUCAUGUUUGCCCCAUCACUACACUGAUGGAAAGUGACCUCUCACAGCUGGCAAAGGCCAGACUUCACAGCCUCUGCCUCCCUGCCAGCCCAGAGCUAUGGACACAAGAGGUCCAUCCUGUUUGUUUAGCUGCCUGCUGCAGACACAAAGCACAUCACCAUCUGAGGCCUGAGGUGAUGAUUUGAAUUCCACCAAGUGCCCAUCAGCCCUUUCCCACUUUGCAGGGACAACAGGAUUCCGGCCCCCACACAGUUUGCUGGUCCCGGAACCUUGGUUUUCUCGUCUUUAAGGUAGCUUUGUGUACGUCAAGGGUUUUACAUGCCCUGUCAUAAAAAAUCUUCACCCUUCGGUGGGGGUACGGCUUGUCAUCCUCACUUGACAGAUGAAGCUGAGAGUCAGAGGCUGAGCAGUCUCUCUGUGUCACACAGUUGGGAAAGGGCAAACCAGGCCUCAGCCCAGGUCCUGUGACUGCCACAUUGUCUGGGAGAUGGUACUCCCUAGGCCUCACCCUCCUGGGCUGUCGAGGGUUCAGCAGAUAGAAGACUUGGCAAGCUCUGGUGCACGGUGAAGGGGUAGGACCUCCUGCUGCCUCCAGUACGUGGCUGUGAAAUCAUUUAUGCCACUUAGUGCCCAGGGAGGGACGGCUGAGCGCCUGGCCUGGCCUGUGGGGACCUCUGGGGAAGCUCUGAGUCCGGGGGCCAGCCUUGCUCCUUCCAGGGGCUCAGGUACGGGUCCCUCUUUUCACCACCAGGCUGGCAUGUGGGAACCUCUGGGAUUAAGAGACGGGCUGUUUUGGAGGAGCCUCCUGUCUGAGUGAGCCCUAGGUUUCUUAGCUUUGCUUCUUGGAGGGCCUCAUUCAGAAAGGAACCCCUUUGUGUGAAGAUAGGUGAGUUGAAUGGCAAGGCCAGAAGGGGACAGGAGUCUCAACAACUACCUUAUUAGAUACCAGGAAAACAAAGCCCCAGCUCUUUACUGCCCCAGGCUGUGCAAGGGUAGAGUUGGUCCUACCUGACCAGGGCCAGUCAGCCCAAGUGGAGGGUGGGUUGCUUAGGAAGGAGUGAGGGAAUCUUCGUCUGGACCCCUUGUGGAUUAGAUCUGUUAAAGAAAAAUCUCUUUGGGAAGCUACAGUAUCAUCUCUUGCUUUGACCCCAACCUGGCAUCUUUCCUGUGGUCUAUCAGCCCCACAACAGAUGGGGAAAAUUGAUGCCCCUCCCUACCAUCCACCCACCCACCCAUUCCAAAGUUUGGGAAAUCGCCUGAUGGCCUGUGGCAUCCUCCUCCACCCCCCACCAGCCCUUCCCCCUAGCCAAUCUAUCCCAGCCCGUCUUCUAACCCUGAAGCGGUAACCUCCUGACCCCUAGCGGCAAGAGCGAGGAACUGCACCUCUCGGCCCGUGCAUGUCCUUCUCAAACCCAGAGAACCUCCCGAUGCAUGGACUCUGGCUGUCGUUGACGCGGACUCUCGUGCACUGCUUAACACCGUUUUGCUACCAUGUGGUGGCUGCAGAAAACGUCCUUAAGCUGCGGCCCCGCAUACAAUUUUUGUACUUUAGUCUGACCUACUCGAAGGUGUCCUUUUUAAGUCUUAUUUGUUAAUAUUUAUAACGACAUAUAAUCCAAAGUAAAUGAAAACGUUCAUGGCAA